CAUCCUUUGUAACUUUCCCACUUGGAACUCAACUGAGAUGCUCAACUUGCGAGGAGCCGCGGAGCACCGAGCGCUCUCGGCUCCAUCUUCAGUCGACGGGAUCCUACGGCGGAUUCGGACGCCACAUCUCGCCUUGCAACCCUGCAGCCACCCUCGCCCCGGGAAGAGCCGGGCGGGCUAUUGAGGAGGGCCGAUCACCCCGGGGAGGUCGAGAAGUCCCCGUUGCGAGAAACAGGGCAUCUCCCACCACCGCCACCGGAACGCUUCCCACCAAUCUGAUCCCUUCCAGCGGCAGAGCAGAUUUGCAGCACCAAACUUGGCAAUGCCGUUUGGAUGCGUUACCCUGGGCGAUAAGAAGGAUUAUAACCAGCCAUCGGAGGUGACUGACAGAUAUGACCUAGGGCAGGUCAUCAAAACAGAGGAGUUCUGUGAGAUAUUCCGUGCCAAGGAGAAAUCAACAGGGAAGCUCUACACAUGCAAGAAGUUUCUGAAAAGAGAUGGGCGCAAAGUGCGGAAGGCAGCAAAGAAUGAGAUCAUCAUCCUGAAAAUGGUGAAACACCCCAAUAUUCUGCAGCUGGUGGAUGUGUAUGUUACCCGGAAAGAGUACUUCCUCUUCUUGGAGCUGGCUACUGGCCGAGAGGUAUUUGACUGGAUCUUGGACCAGGGUUACUACUCUGAGCGUGACACCAGUAAUGUCAUCAGGCAGGUGCUGGAGGCUGUGGCAUACCUGCAUUCACUCAAGAUUGUACAUAGGAACCUCAAGCUAGAGAAUCUAGUGUAUUACAACCGUCUGAAGAACUCAAAGAUUGUGAUCAGCGACUUUCACCUGGCCAAGCUGGAGAAUGGGCUCAUCAAGGAACCCUGUGGAACCCCUGAGUAUCUAGCUCCUGAGGUGGUCGGGCGCCAGCGGUAUGGACGGCCUGUGGACUGCUGGGCUAUUGGUGUGAUCAUGUAUAUUCUGUUGUCAGGAAACCCACCAUUCUAUGAGGAAAUGGAUGAGGAUGAUUAUGAAAACCAUGAUAAGAACCUGUUCCGUAAGAUCCUGGCAGGCGACUAUGAGUUUGAUCCUCCCUACUGGGAUGACAUCUCUCAGGCAGCCAAGGACUUGGUGGCCCGUCUAAUGGAGGUAGACCAAGACCAGAGGAUUACAGCAGAGGAGGCUAUUUCUCAUGAAUGGAUUUCUGGCAAUGCAGCUUCGGACAAGAACAUAAAGGAUGGAGUAUGUGCUCAGAUUGAGAAAAACUUUGCCAGGGCAAAAUGGAAGAAAGCUGUUCGAGUGACCACAAUGAUGAAGAGACUCCGAGCGCCGGAGCACACGGAUGCAGCGAAAGCAGCAACUCCUGCCGCUGCAACGACAGACACUGCUUCCCCAACAGAGACCACCAGCGCCCCACAGGCAAAAGCAGAGGCAGACAGCACGGCUUCAACCACAACAGCCGAAGCAGCCCCAGUGACAACAAUGGCAGCAGCAGCAGCAGCAGCGAGCCCAGAAGAAACGACAUCAACAGCUCCAGCAACUACGGCAGAAACUCCGGCGACAGCAUCGGCAGCCCCAACUACGUGUAAUGGGGGAGAAACCGCCGCCCCCAGUGCCACCCCAGAGUCCUGGAAUGAGGAGACUGGCUGAGUCAGAGGGGAGCAGGGCAAGGGCAAGGGCAGAGCUGUACCUCUCUUUGUUGUAUUUCUCUUUGUAAAUAGUCACUGGCAUGGUACCCCCGCCCACCCCAACUGUCCUGGCUUCCCAACCAACCCCUCUGCGUGUGGCUGUCAGUUUGUCUGACUUUUAUGUGUCUCCAGCUAGGUGCCAGCAGAGUUUCUAUUUUUUAUGUGACAGAGUCCAGAGAGACCCCGUUGGGCCCAGGUAAACAAGUGGUUGUAGAGGCCCAGCCCAUUGCAUGAAAUUCUCUCUCUCUCUCUCUCUUCCCCACUCCCUCUUUUCCUCUGUUGCUUUCCUUUUCUUUGUCCCAUUUCUCAGUUUGUUUUCUUACUACUCUCUCUCUCUCGGUGACUUGACUUGCUACUUAACUCCCUGAGGCUGGUUGGGAGAAGCUGGAGCAAUCAGAUCAGACACAGUAGCCAUACUUUUCAGCCGACUGAUUGGUUAUAUACCAUGGAGGUAUGGGGAAUGGGACGCAGGUCCAGGUCAGGUUGGAGAAUAAAGAGGGCCGCACACCGUCAUGGCAGAGCUCUCAAAUUAGUCAUACUCAUUGGGGAUGCAUGUGGAAUUCAUCUGUUCAGCUGCUGGCAAGAUCUUCUGUAGCAAUUUACCUCUAUGUCCAACAUAUGGUUGUGUGUGAACAAAGCUAAUGCAAAAUC